AGAUCGCCUUUUGUGAGGCGGGCUCCAGAGUGAGCGAUGUGGGCGAAACUGCGACCGAUGUUUCUAACCGACAGAUGGGACAAAGAACAAGUCAGCAAAAUGGCAAUUGGCAGGAUGAUGCGCCGUGCAAUCGUCCUAAGGCGCGUGUCAAGGUGCCGCCACUUCGCCUCGGUGCCGAAGGUACCGGCUGGUUCUCCCGAGGCCUGGCGAGAGGACAAAGAUAAGUACAAAGACCUUCACAACCUUCCUGGUGGACGGCAACCUCCGAAAGAUUUGAGGAUGGGGCCCUAUGCUAGCAACAUGAUCAAGGAUCCCGUGACGGGCAAGGUCUACCCGGACGGAGGCAAGUUCUUCGCCUCGCCCCGGGAGGAUCCGGUGAGCUUCGUGGUGAACUGCCUCAUCGCACUCACCACCGUGUGGACCAUUAGCCAGCUCUCCUGGGGCGAAUCGUUCUUCGAGAAGCGUAAGCGGGUGAUCCGAGAGCGCAUCAGGCUGGAGUAUGGGCUCCCCAAGGGUUGGGAGCACGAGAUCGAUGAUGAGGGCGAGUUGCCCUUGUCUGAGGAAGCGCCCAGCGGAACUCCCGCUGCCGAGCCGGCGAGCCACUGAAUCCGACGAGCCAAGACGAGUUGAAUUGACACCAAAGGGCUUGUCAAAUGGCCGUCUAUUUGUUGCGCA